UUAGCGGUUGGUUGUCGAGGAUCCUGCCUGGAACGGGGGCUGGCACCCACAGUCAUGGAAGAUGAUCCGGCUUCUCCUGCCAGCAAGGCCCCGUCCCCACUGAGCUGUAUCCGGAUGGUCCAGGCAGGCUGGUCGGAGAAGGAGGAUGGGGCCUGGGAACAGAGCGGAAGCGUGCAGGAUCCAGCGAUGGUGGGGAGCUCUCCAGGGCGACCCAGGAGUUCUCCCCUUCUUUGCCCACUCAGCCGGUGCCAAGGGAGGCAUAGCCCUGCCACCCCCCAGGACACUGAUGGGACAGACCAGAACCAGAACGGGGCAGAAGAGGAGGUGGUGUCCCCUCUGUGCCGGGAGCCCCCCCAGUCCCCAGCUCCAGGGGAGCCACAGCCCCGCAGGCCGUUCCGGCGGAAGCACCGGCUGUACGUGAAGCUGUCCCCUGGCCAGGUCAGUGUGUCCCCAAGCCAGGACAGGGGGCAGCCAGCCACUUCCGAGGAGCCAGGGCCUUCCCAGGGCAAAAGGCUGCGGCUGCUGCGAGGCCAAGCCAGCAACUUCCGGAGGAAGAAGAGACCCUUGGAGAAUGGCCACGAGGCAGGGCCUGGCGACGUGGGGCCCUCCCUUCCACUCCGCCAGUGCAGUGGGGAGGAGGGGCAGGGCCCGGCACCAGAGGGGGAGGAGGAGGAGCAGGGCUUGGCAUUGAAGCGGGAGGAGGAGGAGAGGCAGGGCCUGGCAUUGAAGCGGGAGGAGGAGAAGGGGCAGGGCCUAGCGCUGGAAUGGGGGGAGGAGGAAGAGAAGAGGUUCGGCUCCCCCAGGCUGGCUGGGCCUGGUACCACCCGCCCCAAGCCGGACUUUGUGCAGCUGAUCGAUGAGCACGGGAUCUACUCCACAGCCAAGCUGGUGCUGGGCAGCACGGCGGGCGAGCUGGACGAGGGGGUGGUGCUGCCACCGCACCUGAGGCGGGCAGGCCCCCAGCUGGAGAUCCGGGAGGUGAUCGUGGACGACAAGCCCUUCGCGUGCAGCGUGUGCGAGAAGACCUUCAAGCGGGCCUGGGAGCUGUUCAGCCACGAGGUGGUGCACAACGAGGAGCGGCCCUUCCACUGCGACCUCUGCGAGGCCUCCUUCAAGCGCCACUCGGACUUCAAGAGCCACCGGCUGGUGCACACCGAGGAGCGGCCCUUCCACUGCGAGAUGUGCGGCAAGAAGUUCAAGCGCUCGUCCAACCUCCAGGAGCACCGGCGCAUUCACACCGGCGAGCGCCCCUACCAGUGCGCCUGCUGCGACAAGAGCUUCAAGACGCCCUACGAGCUGCAGCGCCACAUGCUCACCCACUGCACCGAGAAGCCCUUCAAAUGCGGCGACUGCGGGAAAGACUUCCCCACCUCCAACUCGCUGCUGCUGCAUCAGCGCCAGCACUGCGACGACAAGCCCCACGUCUGCGGCGUCUGCGGCAAGAAGUUCACCUACGGCCACAGCCUCAAGGUGCAUGAGCGGGUUCACACCGGUGACCGGCCCUUCGUCUGCCCCAUCUGCGGCAAGGGCUUCAAGCAGUCCAACGCCCUCUCCUCGCACGAGCGGGUGCACACCGGCGAGCGCCCCUUCGUCUGCAAGACCUGCGGCAAGGCCUUCAAGCAGUCAUCCUACCUGGUGAUCCACGAGCGCUCGCACACGGGCGAGCGGCCCUACAAGUGCGAGGUGUGCCAGAAGGCCUUUGCCAGGCCCUCGCUGCUGCUGCAGCACCACCGGGUGCACAGUGAGGAGCGCCCCUACAAGUGCAGCUUCUGCGACAAGUUCUUCAAGGACCUGGCUUACCUGACGGUGCACGAGAAGGUGCACACGGGCGAGACCCCCUACAAGUGCAGUGUCUGUGACAAGGGCUUCGCCCACCCCUCCAACCUGCUGCAGCACCAGCGUGUGCACCGCGACGGCUGACCCAGUUCCUGCUCCAGCAUGCCCCGCCGGGGAGUGCGGCCCAUGCUGCAUGCAGCUCCCAGUGGGUGCCACUCUGGCUGGGCCCUCAUGGGAGACAGCUGCCAGCAGGCACUGAGCCGGCCAGGGGGACCAUGGAGGCUACAUCUCCCAACGUGCACUGUAGUCCCUCGUGCAUCAGGGUGAAGCAGUGCAUGCUGGGAGGAGCAAUCCAGCCAGGCCACACCCCCUCACUACAAGGGGUGAUGAAAGCUCCUAUGUGCACAUUGGGUAUGGGCUAUAGGUCUGCGGAGGGCUUGGUUGCCCUGGCCUGAGUCGCUGCUUGGCUCCAGGACUCCGUGGCCCUUCUCUGGGCACUCCUGGAGCUCGGGGAAAGAGAGGAAUGGUUGGCUCCUCAGCAAGGGGUUUUCUCUGUGCCUGUCAUGGGGGCUGGGCUGCGGAGAGAGAAGUCAGGUCCAGAGAGCAGGGAAACCCCCCUGAGCACUACCCGUCUGCUCAGCAGGGCAGUGCUACAUCCAGCUAGGGGGAGCUCCCCCUCCCCACAAGGAGCUGCAGUGUGGUGAACGCUGAGCAGGGGGCUCCUCUGUGCUCCCUGGCAAGAAAGGGGUUUGUGAGCCCCACCUCUGUGCCAUUGUCCAAUGGCAGCCUCCUGACAGGGUCAACACACCAGACUGUGCACAGCCAGGGUGGCCCCUUGGGGAUGCUCCAUCAGCAUCCCUGUGACCCAGGGUUCCUCUCCUGGGAUAGCAUAGUCCCUGCCAGGGGGUCGUGAGCUGGCAACUCCCCGUGUAGCUGGAAGGGGCUCUCUGGUCUCCUGGGUGAGCCCCAGGGGGGAUGGGAAAGCAGGUUCCUUCUUGAUCAGCAACAUGGCUCCCAGCUGCCUCCAGCUGAGCUGAGCUUGUGUUCGUUCCCCCACUGCAAUGGGGGCUGGGGAGUCAAGCCUCCGUCUACCCAGCUGUGGGAACUGAACCCACAGAACGAGGGCUGGGCCGCAGCCCCUCCUCGCAUCUGGCACCCCCAGCCUGUGGGCACUGGGAUGUGCACGUGACCGAGUCGCCCUCGUCGCUCCACAGACAGAAGGGGAGGUAACGGGAUCAGCUCAAACCUUUUUGCCCCCUCUUGGUGUCGCAAUAAGAAAACAACUUACACUAGAUCCAGAUCGGGUUCUCUGAACCUGCGCUGUGUGCGCACGUGCCAGAAUGGCGUACAAUGUGAAUUACAGCCCAGAGCCACUUCGCUGCUAGCUGGUGCCAGGUGCACCCCCAUGUGCUGUCUGCUCUGCUGGGCUGGGGGGAUCCCUUGGGGAUUGGAGAGUCGGCUCAGGGGAGUUCUCAGCUCUGAGUGGGGGUCGGGUCUGACACUUCUCCAUGCUUGGGUUAAAUAGGUGUCAACAGAAAGUCUGGAUAAAACCCCCCCUACUGCCAGGAACAGUGGGACAGGCAGCCUGCGUUUCCCUAUCUCAGUAAAAAAGGGAAAGGCGGGGUGGGGGUGCAGGGCAGCAGGGGCUCCUGUAAACAUCAUCCAGAAGCACCAGCACACAAAGCGAGGGGUGCACCCCAAUUUCCUGUUUGAGACACAAGAAGCUACAAAGGGGGGAUUGAAUGAGGCCCCCAUUGCCGGGCUGUUUCCUGGCCCCUCUGCCCUGGGAAGGCAGGGGUUAAAGAUGCCUGCUGUGCCAGACUGCAGAGAUGUGCAGCCAGUGGGAGGUUAGGGGGCCCUGCUAGCCGAGCUGAGAGCCUGGCACCUGGGUGACCCACACGAGAGCUGAAAUGUGGCUGGCGCGGUGCCGUACGUGCCCAGCACUGCACUGCCUUUUAUUAUGGAGCGCUCGGGCCGCCCAUGGACAGUACCUUGCCCCAGGGAGGGCUUGCCUGCCGUAGCACCAGACCCUGGAAGUGUCACCCUGCUGGAGCUCCGGUAAUAGGUGUUCCCAUCUGCGCUGAGAUACACCAGGCAUCGUGUCAGUCACCUUGGCCCCUCCAGGUCCUGUCCUGGCAGGACCCAAUUUGCUAGUGAGGACAAGGUUCAGUUGCAGCCAUUGUGUGCUGCUGGCCCCUGAGUGUGGACCCAGAGCCAGCAGGCCUGGCUGUGUGUGGAGUAGGUGGCAGGAGGUGUCCCCACCACCGCCGUUGCUUGUGCAGGUGUGCUUGCUGCACUCACACCUUCAUGUGCCGGUUUACCUACUGUGUGGGGUGCUCCCAGGAGCCAUGUGGGGCAUGAGAGGAUAAAUGCCUACUACUGCUACAGCUAAGGGACUGCCUCCUUCAGUUCCAGCUGUAGAUGUCCAGGGGUUGGUAGAGCAGGGCCUGGGUUCAAAUCCUGCUAGUGCUGAGGGAAUGUAGAUGGGGCUGUGGGAUCCUUGCCCUGUUCUCAGGGUUGAAAUAGAAAUAUGGAGAUAUACCUAUCUCGUAGAGCUGGAAGGGACCCCGGAAGGUCAUUGAGUCCAGCCCCUGCCUUCACUAGCAGGACCAAGUGCUGAUUUUGCCCCAGAUCCCUAAGUGGCCCCCUCAAGGAUUGAAUUCACAACCCUGAGUUUAGCAGGCCAAUGCUCAAACCACUGAGCUUAGGAGAUGUGGAGCCAGUUCCUCAAAUGGCCAGUCCUCCUGCAGGGACAGCAUGGACCGGCCCCCUUUCCUGCACCCAUUUAACUUAUGCCUACAGGGUGCUGGGAGGGGAGUCCCCUGGUUAAUGCCCUAGCAGCCUUGUCCCGUGUGGGGCUGUGAGAGCUCCUGAUCCAUCUGCCUCUCCAGGCCUGAGGAUACCCUCAGGGAACCCAACUCAGGCCCUUUCCUGGCCUUAGCUCCCCCCGGGGCACACAGUGUCCCCCCCCAUUCCACAUGCAGCUGAGGAGGCAGGUGCCCUUUAUCUGCUCCCUUCCGCCCCCCCCCCCCGCAGUACCCCUUUCUCUGCUCAGAUGGGGUGCGUUCCUGUAGCAAAGGCUGCUCAGAGAGACCCCCCAGUGGAGAAAGGGCAAGGAUGUGUGAGAUGGGACCAGCGGAGCCAUGUGUGCAGUAGCGGAAGGGUUUACAGCCUCCCACCCCAGGGGAGCAGGGUGUGGGGUGAGCCAGGUUCUCCUGGGGCUGCUGAUUGCACCCCUCAGCCAGCAGUUCUCUCCAUGGCUGUGUUUUGGGGCUCAGUAGAGGGAGGGUUGCUGCUAGCAUGGGAAGAGCCUGGGGGGCAGUCCAGAGCAGUCCCCUCCCUAAUUCAAAGGGCUGUAGCUGAGGUGAAGGCGCUCUGACACAGCUCCUGCAUGGUGGGGGAGGGGGGGUCGUGCUUCCGGUGCUGUGACUGAGAGGAGAUGGCUGCUUGCUCUGCCCGACCCCGCCCCUCCAAGCAGCAGGGAACCUUGCCGCCUGGUGAUUGGUUGUUCUGUUGCACGCGCACACACCCCUCCGGCCUCUGUGGGGUGCAUAGGGGACGAGACCUGGCAGGGGAAGUGGCACCACUGGGCUUUGCCCCUGGGAGCGGCAGGUAGAGCAAUUCACCCACACGGUGCCCAGAGGGUUCACCUGACAGCUGCAGCCUGUCGCUGGGUGCUGCAUCCCCGUGCUGUGGCCGUGCCCCGCACUGUUUUAGGCAGUGAGGUGUGGCCCGGUGGGGUGGCAGUGUAUUGCCCAUGGUCUGAGGGCACUGUGGUCGCUCUGUAGCGGGCAUGUUUGGUUCAGCCCGCGCCACGCCCAAUGCCUGUAGAUUCCAAACGCUAACCCUCCCCUGCAGGGGCCUGGCCUGGCUGCUGGGUGCCCACGCCUUGGGGCUGCCCAUCCCCAGCUGGCAUCUGCAGGGCCUGGCUGGGGACACUAUCCCAACAUGCCGGGGGGGCCACGCCCUCCCUCAGGAAGGUGGGGGCAGGGCGGCCUCUGGGCACAGAUAAUUAUUUAAGUGGUCAUGGGACAUUUCAAGUUCCUGGGCAGGUCCUGCAUCCCCUGCAGCCAGGAAGGAGCGUGGGGUGGAGGGGAUGGGCCCAGCCAGCCUUAGGGAGAGCCAGGUGUCUUCUCACUACACCGCUGGGCCUGCCUGCUUCUCGGGGCCUGGGGCGACUGCCGGGCAGCAUCUCUGGGCUCCGGCUGCUGCUAAGCUCCGUUCUGGUUCCUGCGGACUGAUGGCUCUGCCUGCCCAUCAGCGGGGGGAGGCUGGGGAAGGACCUUUCCCAGAGAAGGUCACACUGGGGGGCAGCAACCCCCUGUACCCAGACUCACCCUGCGCCUGUGCUGGCCUGGAGGUGCCUGGCUCCACACUAAACUCCCCAGCACCGAAGCCAUGGGACUCUGCGCGGACUCGCUGCCUCGGGUCCCCCUUUUGUAUUGCUACUGUAGGGAAGGGUGGGGGACCCCCACUCAGCUCCUCAACACUAAUUA